UUUGGUAUAAUCUCACAGAUGGUGAUGCUUGUGUCAGGUUUAUCGUAUUACUCAUGUUGCAAUUUGUUAUGUGGUACACCACCAUAUUUCUAGCUAAUAUCCAUUUGAUGACCGUUGCAUGGGAUUUAUUGAACAUGGUGACGCAUAUCAGAGUGUAUUCUAGUACAGGCAACUUAAAUAGUGAAAUGAUGGAAUAUCUACAAGGUCAGAUUUGCAGUCGCAAACGGAUAUAUUCCUUGGACGGAGGGAGAGCACAGAAUGCAUGGGACAACCUUGCAAGGACAUGGAGCAAAGCUGAAAAAGAUGCAGUAGCCCUUGCUCUGGAUGGUACAUGGAGCAAAGCUGAAAAAGAUGCAGUAGCCCUUGCUCUGGAUGGGUGGGCAAUUAUGUGUGCACCUAAAAUCUGCAGGACAGCUCAAAGCAUUUGAAUAUAUUCUUUGAGUGCAAACCUCCAUGGAAGUUAUCUAAUUGUUAUUUUAUAAUUCCAAAAGAGUACUAUGUAGAUUUUGUACUCAUCCAAAUUAUGGUUCUUGCAAAUAUUGCAGUAGUUUAAAUAAUGUAAUCUGUUACAUGUAUCUAUUUCUCUUUCAUAUCAAA